CACUAAUCGCCAGUCUUUCUAGAGUUUUCAGCUGACAAGUACGUACGUCUCGAACAAAGAAUAAGCAGUCAAACGAUUUUUAUUAAUUUGAAAAACAAGUCAACAAAAUAUAGUCGCAGUUUUAAUCAAAUUUAAGACCCCGACAAUGGAUUUCGGUGCACUGCUGCACUAUGCCAAAAAGAAUAGCGAUGCAGCCACUAAAGAAGAGCAGGGAAAAUACUAUAGCACCAAAUAUGCGCCGCCGAAAAAGGAGAGCAAGGAGAGCAAACAGCUGUCCAGCAAUAUACAGAAAUUCCUGAAGAAGCGCGAGGCGGAGGAGGCGGAUCGCAAGCGACAGGAGCGCGAGAAGCUAAACAGCCUGCUGGCCAUGCGUGACGAGAAGUCCAAGAAUAAGAUACGCAAAAUGUUGAAGGUCACAAAAUCGGCGAACAAAUCGGUGCUGGAGGAUGCCAAGGACUGUGAUAAUAUGGCGCUGGGCGCCGGCGAUCAGCCGGAGGGCGAUGACUAUGGCUAUGUGUCGACCGAGGCGAACGCCUUCUAUCAGAAAUACAUUGAGAAGGUCAAGGAUGUGCAGGAGGAUAAGGGCUUUGCGCCCAGUCGUCCGCAAUCUGUACGCGAUCUAUCCGGCACCAAGGAGCGCGUCAAGGCGGCCAUAACACGUGAACGGGAGGAGGCCAAAUCGCAUACACGCCAGCGCAUCAGCCACGGCUCAACGCCGCGCUCCACAGACAAAGAGCCGCAGGUGGCGCGCGCAUAUGGCAGCGCGGACAAGAAGCUCUACGAUCCGGAUGCCGAGCGGCGGGACGAGGAGCGCAAGAAGCGCGAGGAGGAACAGAAGAAGGCGAAAGUUAAGCGACCAGCGCAGCCGCCGCCCAUGGACUUUCAGGCGCUGCUGCGCCUGGCCGAAAAGAAACAGCACGAGCCCGUCAACAUUGCCAUGCCCGAGAAGAAAAAGGAGCCGGAGCGUCUGCUGUCGGCGCGAGAGAAGCGCGAACAGGAGGAGCGCCAGCGAUGGAAGGAGCAGCGUGCCGAGCGCGAUCGCCUGCGCGAAUCGGAGGCGAAGGCCAAGGAGCAGCGCAAAGAGAACGGCAACAGCCAGCAGCGCGUCAUGCCGCCAAACGGACGCAUACCCAAGCUGAAUAAGGCGCCACCCGCCAAAGCUCCAGCAGCAACAGCAGCAGCAGGAGCAGCAGCAACUCCGUCCAGUGCCAGCGAAUCCAAAGCAAAGCCCACAAGUGAUAGCCUUAAACGGCCGGCGCCCACAGCGCCCAGCAGCUCCAGCGCCAAACUCAGUGCAAGUACAAAGCCAGCCAGCGGGAGCGGCAGUGGGAGUGGGAGUGGCAGCGGCAGCAACGCCGCAAAACGUCCGCCCGCGGCCAGCAGCGGGACAAGGCCAGCGUCAGCUGGAUCUGGAGCUGGAGCUGGAGGUGGAGGUGGUGCGGUUGCUUCUGCUUCUGCUUCUGGCGCGGCCGCCAGCUCGAAGCCCAGUGGAAGUGUGCAAUCUCGUAAUCCCUAUGCGUCUGUCAAUAAGAAUGGCGGCACGCGUGAAUUUCCGCCGCGAGACGCCUCCAAGACGCGAGCAUUUCCGCCCGCCGAUGCCCAGCGCCAGCCCAACCGCAAGCCGUUGCCAGCCGAUGCCCGUGGACGUGGUGGACCAGCCGCCGGACGCAGGCCAGCCGAGCCGGGCAACAAAAGACGCAUUUAUGAUGAAGAUUCCGAAUAUGACUCCGAGCUGGACGACUUUAUUGACGAUGGCGACUGCGAGGAGGAUAUAUCAUCGCAUAUACGCGACAUCUUUGGCUAUGAUAAGCGCCGAUAUCGCGAUCUUGACGAGGAUGAUGCCCAAAUGGAAUCCAGCUUUGCUCAAGUGCAGCGCGAAGAGUUUAUCAGUAAGAAAUUAGGUUUACAAGAGGAUUUGGAGGAUAUGCGCAUGGAGGCGAUGCAUAAAAAGCGCAAAAUGGCCAAAAAGCGACCAACGCGCAUCGACGACUAAUUCGAACCCCCCGGCCCCGCCCCGCCCUCCUCCGCUACAACUUUCCACACACACACACACAUCUCAAUACUGAGCAGCGCCCCCUUGAAAGUCUUCCCUCUCUCGAGGCACACACACACGCACAUAUGCCCCCCCCCCCCCCCCCCCCCCACAGAACCAAAUUGAAGUUCAGUCCGAAUGCCUUCGUUUUAUCGGGCGCUGAACUUUUCCAUUGGGAUCAAAUUAUGUGGCGCUGCUUUUAGUUAAUUUGUUAAAUUAAAUGCAAUAAUUUUGUCCUCUUCGUUUAGAUACCUUAAUUUGGUGCCGUAGUUUAGUGCAAGACCAAAAACCUUUAUGCAAUAUAUAAACACACCAAAAACAAAAACGAAAUUUCAUAUUUUUGCUAA